UCAAUGGAGGGCUUUGAUUGUGCAACUUGUGCCACCACGUGUUAGUGUCUUAGUUUAACUAUAGAGUUGUUGUCUUUAUAUAUCAUCUUUAUGUCUGUCUAGGCUGAUGCUUGUGUAGGAUGUCUUCAGUGAAUAUCACAGGGAAGAAUGUGGAGGAGUUUACCAUCACAGGCUUCGACCACCUCUCUCACCAGAAGCUCCUGGGCUUCCUCAUCUUCAUCACAUAUUUCCUUGUGCUUCUGGGAAGCGGCACCAACAUCUGCAUCAUCGCGACGGACAGACGGCUGCACACGCCCAUGUACCUCCUUAUCUGUAACCUGGCCGUGGUGGAUAUCAUGUUCACCACCAGCACAAGCACCACCAUGAUCUCUGUCCUGCUGGCCAAGGUCAAAACCAUCUCCUACUACUCCUGCAUAUCAAGCAUGUACAUCUACCACCUGGGUGACAUCGAAGAGUUUCUGGCCCUGUCCCUGAUGGCUUUGGACCGAACCAUUGCUAUCAGCACUCCUCUUAGGUACCACAUCAUCCUAACUAACCCGCGGCUCUUCCUGUUGAUCACAGCUACCUGGCUGAUAGGGUUAGGGGUCAUGGGGGUAGUAGCAGCUCAGGCAGACAGCCUUCCAUACUGCCAGCCCAUCAUUAGAUAUGUGUUCUGUGACUAUCCUGCUAUGGUCCGAACUGCCUGUGUCAACCCUGAACCCUAUUGGAUGCUUCCCACCAUCCUGGGUCUGUGGUUGAUUGGUGCACAGUUCAUAUUCAUUCUGUUGUCAUACGUGAAUCUGAUCUACACAGUACUGAGACUGCCUAACAACGAGAGUAGAGUGCAGGUGUUUAAUACCUGUAUUUGUCACAUCAUUGUGGUGUCCUGUUACUACGCUCCCAAGUUAGUCUCUGUGUUGUUGACGAGGAUAGGGGUGAGGCUGACUCUGACAGAGCGUAAUGCUUUACUGAUUAUAGCCACGCUGUUACCUUCUCUGAUCAACCCAGUAGUCUACUGUCUGAAGACCAAGGAGAUUAGGAAGAGAUUGGUUCAGAUACUUUCUAGAAAAAGAAUUGCAGUGAUGAAAUGAGGUCUUGAAAAGUAUUAUUUUUGUGACCUGGCCCAGGAUUCAGUCAGAAACUGCACUAAUGUGUGUUUAAAGGUUUUAAAUACAUUUCCAAUUCAGCUCACAUCAGCAGAGUUUACAUUGCCUUUAAGAGUGGUGUUGUCUACAAGCAAGAUCAGACUGGAUUUCUGUUGAAUAACCACAGUCCAAGGUUUAAAUAUUUCCGGCUUCUUCUUUUAGCACUUUACAUUACUACAUCUGUAUAUUGUCCUGUAUCUACUGUAUCUAAAGGGUUUUAUUACAUUGAAUAUUCUACUUCAUUAUUUUAUUGUUGUUGCAAUGUCGAGAGUUAUACCUGCAAGUUAAAAUUUGAUUGUACU